AAGGAAAUUCUCAAGCAAGUGGUUUCCUCUGCACCCGUGGCUUUUUUUCCUAAAUUCCUCCUUUUGGGGGGUAAGAAUAGGGAAUUUUCAGUCUCUCAUGUCUCAUGUUUUGUGAAAAUUUCCAUCUGAAUUUGUAGGUGAAAAUGGCGAGCUCAGUGGAGAAGGAGAGUUUAGCGGGGGAGGAAGCUCUCUCCGUGGAACUUCCUGCUCCUCCUGGUUGGAAGAAGAAGUUCUUCCCCAAAAAGGGUGGAACCCCAAGGAAAAACGAGAUUGUAUUUACUGCCCCAACAGGAGAGGAGUUUAACAACAAGAAGCAGCUGGAACAGUAUUUGAAAGCUCACCCUGGUGGCCCAGCUGCUUCAGAAUUUGAUUGGGGCACUGGUGAGACCCCAAGAAGAUCAGCAAGGAUCAGCGAGAAAGCCAAGGCUUCUCCCACAGAAACUGAACCCCCAAAGAAGCGCAGCAGAAAAUCAUCAGCUUCGAAGAAAGAUGCUUCCCAUGAAAACAAGGAGACAACAGAUGUGCAGAUGCAAGAAACUGAACCAAAGGAAGAUGCAGUUGUCAAAGAAAAUCAAGAAGAGAAAAGAGAGGAGGGUAGAGAUGUCAAAGACGAAUCCUUUCAUCCUGUGGAAGAUAAACCUGAAGAACAUGUUAAUAGACCCAGUGAUGAGGAGAAGUCCGGGACUACUGGUGGAGAGCUUCCGGGCCUGAAAGAUAACCUUGGCGGGAAGGAAGCUGAGGCUCCUGACAAUAAAGAUGAGAAGAGUGAGGGAACAAAACUGGAAGACAAAACCGAGCAACCUGAGGGUGAGACGAAGAAAGAGGAUGGACCUGAGGUGCUGAAGAAACAUGAAACAGACAACCCAGUUGAGAAGAAGGUUGAAGUGGAAGGAGAGCAUAAAGAUAUAAACAAAGCUGAGGAAAAGGAAGGAACAAAAGAAAACAAUGAAGGAUAUCACAAGGCCAUUGAGGUAAGCAAGAAGGGUGAAGCAGAGGUCACUGAAAACGGCACCAAUGGGAGCGCUCCUGGUGAGGCUGGAGCCCCGAGGAAUGAAUAAUGAAUAAGCUUUGCUUUAUCCCCUCUCAUGCUGACCCCCUAAGAUUUGUCUUAAGAUGACUGCGUCUUUUGUUGUUAUUGAUCUGAUUGUUCAUUGAAAUAAUCACAUACAAUUAUAGAGUAGGUCUAUAAUGUACCAUCCUUUGGUGUAUUAGAUGUGUAGCGUUUAGUUCCCCUGUGUAACAUUAAGUUGUAUCUAUCUUGUAAUAUGACAAGAACCUAUGAUUAUGUAAGUUCCUAAAUACUCCGUUUACUCCUAAAA